CGGCGGGAUCCGGGCGGUCGGGGCGUGCCCCCCGAGGCCCCGCCCCCCAGCCUAUAUGGCGGGUCGCGGUCCCGGCGCGGGGUCCGGUGCCGGCGGCGAUGUGGGCGCUGCGCUGCCUCGUGCUGCUGCUCUGCGGCGCCGCGCUGGGGCCCGCCGUGCACCUCGACUUCGCCGAGCACCGCAGCCAGGCGGCCAAGAUCAAGGUCAACCCUCGCGGCAACCUCUGGGCCACAGGUCACUUCAUGGGGAAGAAGAGCGUCACGGGCUCCCCACACCUGGAGCCGCCCGAGGAGCCCGCCGUGCCCACAGCCUUCGGUCCCUCUCUGCGAGCCCUGCUGGAGGAGAUGGUGGAGCUGCUCACCCGGGAGCUCCUCAGAGUCCUCUGGCGAGAGAGGCUUUUGGAUGAGAACCAAGGAAAAUACGACCUCACUGACCAGACCCAGCGUCCUUGGUGUGGCUUUUACCUUCAAGCUGACUGGAAAACCUGCCCCUGGGAGCAAUGCCCACAUGGAUCCUCACGCAGGGUGUGGAGAUGGAAUUGCUCGGUCCAUGGGGCUCUGUUCCACUGGCGCCUCUCACCCUCUCUGGUCCCUGCCAGUAGUAACCGAGAACGUCAAGGGGCUGAAAUCCUCGAAGGUGGGUCCUACAUGUGCCGUCCCACCGGGCUGCUGUGCUCGAGGCACUUGCACACGAGCAAAGCUAGUCCUGUUACCCGGGUUUAAGCAGUGCUUGCUCCCGUUCUUUGCUUUUUGGAGGAAGGCAGAGGUGGAGCAGAGUUGCAGGGGCGUGACCCUGGGUGGCACUGAUUCUUCAAGCCCCUUCUCGACUGAUUUCAGCAGACUGUGGUAAAGACUGAGGCUUUCCUAGAACGGCUCCCAUCAGGACAGAGGGCUUUCCACCAAGAGGAUACAGCUGGGCACAGCUGAGGACACGGCCCACCCUGCUCCCUGUGUGCUGUGACCACUGCGCGGGUGCAGCUUUCGUUUCUUGGAGGCAACAAGAAGUGAGGAGAGGAGAGGCUUGGGAAUAUCCUGGUGCUUCUCCAUCCUCCCUGGGAGCUGUGGAGGAGGCGGGUGUUUGCUGGGCAAUGAGCUGGUGGUUGCGGUGCCCUGCCUCAUCCACCAAGACCUCUGCGGGCGUGAGGUGUGACUUUGAUAAAAGUGAUCCUCGUGGCUCUCCUCUGUGGAGGAAAACUGCGUGGUCACUGCUCACACUGCAGAGGCUGCCCUGAGGGCUCGUGCUGUGUCUGCGCUGGGAUCUGGUGCCCUGCCAGCCCUGCCAGUGCUCAUUCCCAGUGCCCCAAGGCAGGUCCUGGCCAGGGGCAGCUCCCAGCACUGGACAUCACCCUUUAGGGUGUCCAAGCUCUGCUGCUGGAGGGCGGUUUGGCUCGUGGUCGAGCAGACGCUGCUCUGGCAGGAGGUGGGGUGCCUUAUAUGUGGCAUUGCAGGUAGGUGCUCGAUGUGCCACCGGCUCCUACCCCUCACCUUCCCCUCCUGAUACCUCUCCCUGGUCAGUGCCCUGGUGUGGCAGAGGAGACCUCGCUGGGUGAGACCUUUGGGCACCUCUGAGCACCUCAGUAGGCUCAGCUCCUGCCUUCUUGCCCCCUUCCUCGCCCCAGGGCAUCCUCAUCUCUAACCUGCGGGCUGAUAUUGCACUGCUCCCCCUUCCUUUGAGUGCUGCCUGUGCUAGACUUCUGCAGAACCUUAUUUUUUUCUUGCUCCUGUGGGUGUGCGCGGUUAUUCCUGCCCCCUGGCAGCUUUCUCCCUGGAUGUGACGGCUGUUGGACACCUGAGGCAGUGCCCAGCCCAGCUGGACCUGCUCUGUGGGCUGAUCCUUCACAGCCAGAACCUUCCUUUCUGCAGGGCCCCUCUAGGUGCUGUGUGCAAUGAGGGUUUGGCUGGCAGAGGAAGAUCGACCCUAUCCCUUGUUAUCUGCUGUCCCUGCCCAUGGCAGGGGGGUGGAACUGGGUGAUCUUUAAUGUCUCUUCCAACCCAACUCAUUCCAUGAUUCUGUAAUUCUUGGGGUUGUGGCAGCAUUUCUCUGGGAGAUGGACAGGUGUGGAAUGGCUCCCAGGGUGUGAGCAGAGCCCUUCUGCUGCUGGCGCUGCUCUGGAACCUCUGGGCAGGAUGCAAUCCCACAAAAUCCCUGUGGAACUCUUCCCUGCUGUGGUUUGUGUCUCUCUGCCUUCUCACAUAGCUCUGCUGAAUCAAUCCCGAGGCUGCUUUCAUUCCAACCCCGUCUCAGGUGAAGUUUGCUGCUGGUGUCAGCCAGCUGUGGUCCAGCUGUUGGAGCACAGGGCGGGAGGCAGGAGCUGCACGUGGGCUCUUUCGUCCUUGGUCGCUGCCCCAAGCCACCCCUGAAAGUGCCACCAGGGUCCAGCAAGGGACGUUUCUCUGAUCUUUUCCUUUAGAUCAGGAAGUGCAGAGAUAAGAUGACGGGAAUGGUUUUGAGCGGAAAGAGGGGAGAUGGAGAUGAGAUCUUGGGGAGCAAUGUUUUGCUGUGAGGGUGGGGAGGCCCUGGCCCAGAUUGCCCACAGCUGUGGUGGCUGCCCCAUCCCUGGAGGGGUUCAAGGCCAGGUUGGAUGGGUCUUGGAGCAACCAGAUCCAGUGGGAGGUAUCCCUGAUCUGUCCUGUGGUCCCCAGCCAGUGGUGCCAGUGGAGCCGCGUGCAGGACCCCAUGUCUCACACCUCUGCCUUUUC